UGCCUAGUGUUGCGAGCGAGCGAGCGGCCGGGCCCGAGGCACGACUCUCUCAAAUCUCUUUUCUCUCUCUCUCUCUCUCUCUCUCUCUCUCUCUCUCUCUCACUCACUCACUCUUUCUCUCUGUUUUCUGCUCUGUCGCCGCUCUGCUCUAGUACGGUUCAUGCUCUCCGCCACUGCGGACAUACACACACGUGCGGAUCCCAAAAGCCUCGCUCGCAACAUACUAUUGUACAGUGCUGAAUUGUCUGCUUCGGAGAUUCUCAUCUGUAUAGUGCUCGAGGGAAAUUUCGAAAAAAAACAGUGCGGAGUGCGAUCCUGUGAGCGAGAGAGAAAGAGGAAGAGGAAAUCUUCUUACGCUCUUGGAGCUUUCAACCUGUGACAACGACUUGCAAAUUUCCAGGAUGGGCAAGAAGGAGGAAGCAAACGAGGCUCCGGGAGAGCAGAUGCGAGACUUCAGCAGCACAACUAAAAUAGCACCGGUGAUUGGCCAAUACCACGAGAAGGAUGAACUCUACGACCCGUUCGAUCACAGAGAUAAGAAGCAUACGACCUCGGACGUCGGUUCGGCGACGCAUCUGAUCAAGUCGUCGCUGGGCACGGGUAUCCUGGCGAUGCCCAGUGCCAUAAAGAACGGCGGUCUGCUGGUCGGCGGUAUCGGCACCAUCAUCAUCGGUAUCCUGUGCUCCCAUUGUGUGCACAUCCUGGUGAGGUCAUCGCACGUGCUGUGCCGAAGGACGAAGACGCCUCAGAUGACGUACGCCGAGACGGCCGGCGCGGCCUUCGAGUCUGGCCCGCUGGCGGUGAGAAAGUACGCUGCCUUCGCCAAGAACCUCGUCAACUGGGCGCUUUGCGCUACCUACGUAGGCGGCGCCUGUGUUUAUAUAGUAUUCAUAGCGGACGCCAUCAAAGUGUUGGGCGACGAGUACAGCGGUAUCGACAUACCGAAGCGAACGUACAUGCUCUGCCUGAUCCCGGCUGUGGUUCUGCUGGGCCAAAUUCGUCACCUGAAAAUCCUUGUUCCGUUCUCGGUGAUCGCCAACAUGAGCUUGACCAUCGGCUUCUCCAUCACGCUCUACUACAUAUUCAGCGAUCUCAAACCACUGAGCGAAAUCCACUACGUGUCGACUUGGGCGCAGAUGCCCAAGUUCUUCGCGACCGUCAUCUUCGCGAUAGAAGGAAUCGGCACCGUGAUGCCGAUCGAGAACAGUAUGGCCAAUCCAAACCACUUCAUCGGCUGCCCAGGUGUCCUCAAUAUUUCCAUGACCGUCGUCAUCUCGCUCUACACGAUGAUGGGAGUCUUCGGUUACUUGAGCUUCGGCGAUGACGCCAAGGGCAGCAUUACGCUCAAUUUGCCGCCUGGAGACAUCCUUGCUCAGGUCGUCAAUAUCCUGAUCGCGCUGGCUGUCAUACUCACUUACGGACUCCAGUUCUUCGUCCCCUUGGAGAUCAUCUGGAACUCCAUCAAGCACAAGUUCAGCCACAGAUGGGAGGUACUCGGAGAGACCGUCAUGAGAAUCCUGAUGGUACUUCUGACAGUGAGCGUGGCCAUGUUGGUCCCCAGACUGGAGCCGUUCAUCUCGUUGGUCGGAGCCAUAUUCUUCUCUUUCCUCGGCAUCUUCAUCCCGGCCGUCGUGGAGACCGUCUCCUGCUGGGAGUGUCACCUCGGCACCUGCAACUGGAGGCUGUGGAAGAACUGCUUCCUCGCCUUGGUUGCCGUCUGUGCUCUCAUAUCCGGUACCUGGAUCUCACUGCUGGACAUCAUCUCCCUCUACACGACCCCCGCGUCUGGACUGGUGGACAGUGGUAACAAAACCAUCGUCAACGCAGCCGUCCAGACGAUCUUGUCGACGACGUUGGGAGUAAUCAACAGCACGACAACAUUAAGCCCCGUCGACUUAACGACUACCGUCAGUCCCGUUGACGUGAUAACGACACUUUUACCUUGAGCUUGAGUCGUUCGAUUACGCGUGUGUACAUUCGAAUUUUAAGACGGAUCAACCUUUCGAUGGCUUUCUAUUACUCCGUUAUAUAGCUUUGUAAAUAUUUUAGGUUUAAUCUUAGGUCUAUUAAUGUUUCACGUGAACGCAUAUGGGAUGCAGAACUACGUAUUUUGAGAAUAUCGGAAACGCUAUUUGAAAGGGUAAAAGAGAAGAGAUCUCGACGUCAUUUUAAUCAUUUAAUCGUAUCUUAGCAGUACAGCCACCGCUGCUUCUCAUUCUCAUCUUAUCAUUCGCUGGUAAUUUUUUUUUUCUAAUUUAUUGAAUAAUUUUAGAUUUACGUACGUGUGGAAUAAAAUUAUUUAUUUGAAAUUCGGAAUCUACUUAUACACUGUGACUUUAGUCGUCGAUUCGAUGCUUGAAAAAAAAAAUUGUCUAAAAUCAUUCAAGAACGGUAUUUUUAUUGUAAUUUAUUGUAGUUAAUAGCAUGACUAUUGAGCCGCUUUCAUUUCUAACUAGAUAUACUUAACUCGCCACACACAUUACACAAAUUUCCGUAGCACAGCACAGUUAUAACGUAACAGAUAUAACCCAAUGAUAAGCGAUCAUGACACUUCAGUAUGAUAGAUUUUAGUGAGCAGCAAAAAUGUUUAACCCUUCUAGUAUAUUUCUUGUCGAUUUCGAGUAAAAAUUCCGAGUUGAAAGUAUUAACACUGCAAUGUUGACAAUUUUAGUGCGAAAAUUUUUCGAAAAUUGAUAUGCUUUAUGAUGAAUCCAGUGAUUAAAAGGGUUAAAUCGUGAUCAAAUAUGUAUUUAGAUUAAGCUUUCGAUAAAUUGUAUAUGUAUAACCGACAUCGCGAUGAGUGAAAUCGUUCGAUCGUUCAAACGACUUUGAACUUUCAGUGACUUCCAGUUUCGUAUAAGGCUCCGAAGCCUAGACAAAAGCUAUCCAAGGCGGCAGACAUAAAAAUGCUUCGAGAAUACUUCGGAGGACAAGUCGAGAAACGCGGAUAACGCAUUGUACUUACAAUCGUACAUAAUUUCGUCAUUGCGUCUUUUGUCCAUUGACAAAAAUUAUUGUUCUUUUUAUACUUGUGCUAAGUCUAAUUGCUUCGGAUAAGUAUGAUAUGUGCUGAGAUUAUAUGAUAUGCGUCCGCAACGAUGUAGAGCAGGGUUUUAUCUUAUAUGCGUUAAUGCGUCGAGUAAAUAGCUUCGAUGUAGCUUUUGUAAAUAAAUUAUUACUGUAAUUAUAACUAAGACAAUCAUUUACUAUAUAAAUGUGCGCUUCGCAGUACUUAUCUUUUUUUUUUUUGUAUAUUUGUGACUAAUUGUUUCAUACAAUGUUGCGCAAAAUUUUUAAAUUAAACGUGAUUAUAGAAAUGAAAAAUAUUGUAUGUACAGGUUACAUGAUGAUGUUGUAUUGUUAAAAAGUAAUUAAUAUAUGAACAUCUCAGUUCUGUUUUUACAAAAUACGGAUUUUUUAUUUCUCGUCAUCCAAAUAUCUGAUGUAUUUACCAAAGAAAAUGAAUCCGAGUCGAAAAUUAUAUUAUAUCGACUACUAAAAAAACUAAAGUAUCGUUCAAUCGCGUCGCCGUCCAGCUCGAUCAGAGAAUCAGCUACUGUAUUGGCGAUUCGAAUUUCGCGCGCAUAACGCAUUACCAAAAACCCGCGGAGUAUAGUUGCCGCAUGGGCCGCUGUGCAGGAAAAGGGCGCUCUGAGUCGGAACUCGCAUCAAGUUCAAUUUUUUUGUAUACACCCAGAUAACAACGUGUCGGCACAGAGACGUCCCCGUGACGGCACGAGAUGGCGGCAUCCACGACAGCACGCGACGUCCAGCUGCCGCAGCACAGAGACGGCACGUGACGGCACGGCGAGACAGCACGACGUGCCGUCUCUGUGCCGUCUCUGUGCCAGCAGAAAACGCUACCGGCGGGGAGCGAUUUUAUCGCAUAUAAAAAUAACGCUAAAUAAAAAUUAGUUAGAACGCAUAACUAAGCAUCUACAUCAUAAAUAAUUAAUAAAUUUUGUUAUAUAGUAUAAAAAAAAUUUUAUUUAAGAAAAAAAAAUCUGCCGGGUGUAGGGCUGGAACUCACGAUCUUUGGAUCAGAAGUCCGAAGCUCUAGCCUCUGAGCCACAACUCUUCUUACAAUUUGAUGCACAAUUGCACCUAAUAAUCAUCGCUAAUAAUUAGAAUUAUGUAAUAAAAUAAUGUUUAAAUGUAAUUCGGUUUGGAGAGAAUAAAAAAAGUAAUAAAUGUA